AUGUUCGGAGCCCUGGAUGUCCUGCAAAUGAAGGAGGAUGUCCUCAAAUUCCUCGCAGCAGGAACCCACUUAGGUGGUACCAACCUUGACUUCCAAAUGGAACAGUACAUCUGUGAAAGGGAAAAUGAUGGCACCUACGUCACAAAUCUGAAGAGGACCUGGGAGAAGCUGAUGCUGGCAGCUCAUGCCAUUGUUGCCACCGAAAAUCCUUCUGACGUCAGUGUCAUGUCUUCUAGGAACACUGGGCAGAGGGCUGUGCUGAAGUUUGCUGCUGCCACUGGAGCCACUCCUAUUGCUGGUUGCUUCACUCCUGGACCCUUCCUUAACCAGACCGAGGCAGCCUUCUGGGAACUGUGUUUUCUGGUGGUUUCUGAUCUCAGGGCCGACGACCAGCCUCUCACUGAGGCAUCUUGUGCUAACCCACCCACCAUUGCUCUGUGCAACACAGGUUCUCCUCUGCACUGUGUGGACAUCGCCAUCCCAUGCAACAACAAGGGAGCUCACUCGGUGAGUCUGAUGCAAUGGAUGCUGGCCAGGGAAGUUCUGCACAUGCGUGACACCAUCUCCAAUGAACACUCAUGGGAGGUCAUGCCUGAUUUCUACUUCUACAAAGAUUCUGAAGAGAUUGAAAAGGAAGCAUAA